GAAAGGGAGUUUCACUCACCAGCACACUUAAAUCAACGGUCUGGGAGAUCUCCAGAAACAGAAGGGAGAGAUGAGUCAGCACAAUAGCAACAAGAACCAAAACUCACUGAGUCAACCCACUCAGCCACCCUCUUCUCUAUCUCUUUCUCUCACCAAACCAAACCCGAAUCAACCCAACCCUUUCUUCCUCACUACCUCUUUCUUCCUCUUUUACCUUUCUCUCUGCUCGUUCAUUCGUUCACCAUUACCAUAUCUUCUCUUUUCUGUACCCUUUUCCGUCUUUUCACCACUUCCAAAUCGGACAGCCCGCUUUCCUCCACGUCACCAUCGUCUUCUUCACCUCCUCCUCUCCUGUCAUCUUCUCUCCCUGUCUCUCUUCCUUAUUUACAAAUUACAUGCGCCUCUCGCUUUUUUUUUAGGGCUUCUCCAUAAGAAUUUCACUCCAUCUCUCGCGCGAACAAGGGUUAGGUUUUGAAAUUGGAGCGAGUUACUUAUCGUAUAUUGCUUGCGUGGAUGGCGAUUGAGAAGAACAAUUUCAAGGUAUCUAAUAAGUUUGAUGCGGAGCUUUCUCCUGAUAGUAGGGAUACUGCCAUGUCCAGUGAUGAGGACGAGGAUGAAGAUGACCUUCUUCAUCAGCAGCGGAUUGGGUCUGAUGAGGAUGAAGAGGAUGACGUUGAUGUUGAAGAGGGUGACGAAGACGACGAAGAAUUCAACGAUGCUGAUUCUGGGGCAGGAUCUGAUGAUUUUGACUUGCUAGAAUUAGGGGAAACCAGGGCUGAGUUUUGCCAAUUCGGGAAUUUAACUUGCAGUGUUCCCUUUGAAUUGUAUGACCUUUCUGGAUUGCAGGACAUAUUGUCUGUUGAUGUGUGGAAUGAUGUUUUAACCGAAGAUGAUAAAUUUAGCCUCACUAAGUAUUUACCUGACGUUGAUCAGGACACCUUUAUGCGAACCCUCAAAGAGCUUCUUGAGGGUGGGAAUUUCCAUUUUGGUAGUCCCAUCAACAAAUUGUUUCAGAUGCUCAAGGGGGGGUUGUGUGAACCGAGGGUUGCCCUUUACAGAGAUGGUUUGUAUUUCUUUCAGCAAAGGCAGCAUUACCAUCUUUUGAGGAAGCAUCAGAAUAGUAUGGUUAGUCAUUUGUGCCAGAUAAGAGAUGCUUGGCAUGAUUGUAAAGGGUAUAGCAUUGGUGAGAAGCUUAGAGUUUUGAAUAUCAUGAAGAGUCAUAAGAGUUUGAUGCAUGAGAAUGCGGAGGGAGAAUUGGAGAGUGGCUCAUCGGACCAAGGGGAACCAGGUGAUAGGUUUUGGGACAGAACGGUUAAGGAUAAGAAGAGUGCAUCCAAAUUUGAUCGUACUCCAGCAUAUCGCGUUGGUUCUGGUUUGGAAUUUUCUUCACCAGUCAGUUUGGAAGUGGCAAAGUAUGGAAAGCAAAAUCCCAGGGGUAUACUGAAGUCAGCUGGGUCAAAAGAUCCUUCAACUAGAGAUGUGCCGGGUCGAUUUCCUUCUGUUUAUCAUGGUUUGGGGAUGACUUCAAGUCCGCAUGGAUCCGCAUUGACACUUUCUAGGCAGAAUAAGGUUGCUGGGUAUGACUCAGGAGAUGCACCCAGGCAAAGGGAUCAAAUGACAACUGAAAAGGAUGAUGCUGAAUAUGCGAUGUACAGAUUGGGUGUCCAACGAGAUCGAAAUAUGGUACUUGGUGGUGAUAUGGUGAAGUCCAGGGUUCCAAGAGCAGGAAAGAAGCAUGAUUUCAGAACUACCAGAUUAGCUGCUGACAGUUUCAUGAAUUUGCCAUUCUCUUCAAACAAUGACUUGCAUGCCUAUGGUAGGGACAAUAAUGCAGGUCCGCUGUCAGAAGCUAAAGUGUUCACAUCAAAUAUUCUCAAUAAUCGGACCAAGUCCGAGUCUUCCAAAAAGACCAAGUAUGCUGAAAAUUCUCCGCAAUUCACAGUUCCUGAUCAGAUGAAAUAUUUGAAAGGCCAAACUCCGCAGCUACCACUGAAAGGUAAUCGAGUUGACUUAUCAGAUCAUGCUGAACCAAUUUGCCAUAGCAAGAAUCAAGGACAGGUUUUCUCUAUGGAUUCUACAUUUAAAUCUAAUGAUUGGAAUAUGAGAAGUAAGAAAUGUAGGACGGGGAGAGAGUCCCCGGAUCUUAAUUUCAAAGCUCAUCGAGCAUUGUCGCCGCAGGUGAAUGAUAGAAUUGCGCUGCCUCAGGUGAGAGCAAAACAAUCACGGGAGAAGAUCAGAGGGCGUGUUAUUCAGAAUGGAAGACCAGAAAAGAGAGCAUUGAAAGCUAACAGAAUUUAUAUAAAAGGUGAAGAAACAGAAUCAGACUCAUCUGAACAAUUUGAUGAUGAGGAUGAUGAUGGUAGCAAUCCUUUGAUGAAAAGCAAGUCAGCUUACCCCACCAGUAUCAUAGAAGGUUCUCGGUCGUCCUUUUUGAAGCCUAGCUUAGGUGCUAAAAAGGCCUCCUUUAUUAAGAAAGAUGUGCAGGAGAAUGAACUGGCUUUCGAUGGAAUCGCACACGUUUCCAAAAAGGUGAGUGGCUUUACUGAGCCUGGGCAAAUGCCAAGAUACUUGUCAAAAGCUAAACAAAUGGGUAAGAUGCAUGAGACACAUAGCUCCAGUGCUAGAGUUUUGGAAGACAGCUCUCUCACUGGCCUGGGUAAACUAAAGGAUGAUAAUGACAGAAACAGAAUUCACAGAUCUGGCAAGAUUGGUCAAUUACGGGUGGAAUCUGGUGAAAGGUUACACAGGUCCUCAUCGAAAGCCUACCCUUCUGACCGAAAGCAGAAAGGGGAAGUCAGCCAUGAUUUCAUUGUUGACGACGAGGAUGAUUUACUUGAAACACAGUUACUGUCAGAUGAAAAUGCACUGGUUAGAUUGCGAAAGAAAGGACGGAACAUGGAAACAUAUGCUCAUGGUCAAAGUGACCGACCUGAGGCUUUGUUGCUAGGGUGCAACUCAGGGAUGAAGAAACGGAAAGCAAAGUACGAUGUGAUGGACAUGGCUGGCAGAGACGAAGAUGGUAAUAGGCAUUCUAACAGUGUUGAGCAGCAAAUUGACGACUCCAUUUCAUUGAAGAAAAAAGGGAAAAGGAAAUUGGAAGCUGACGAUGUUAUUCCAGACUGGGAAACUCCUGAGGCACCUGUUACAAAAACAGGAGUGGUGGAUGUGGAGCUGGAAGCGAAACCUCAGAAAAAGCCAUAUACACCGAUUACACCAACAGUUCAUAUUGGCUUCUCAUUUUCCAUUAUACAUCUCCUUUCAGCAGUUCGUUUGGCAAUGAUCACUCCUCUUUCAGAAGAUUCCUUAGAGGUUGGCAAACCCACAGCAGAGCUGAACAGAGCACAUGAAGGUGACAACAAUGGGGUUCUUUCUAAUGAGAAUGCAGAUGUUAAUAAAUCAGACCCUGCCGCGCAAGUGAAAAUGCCUUCUCUUACUGUACAGGAGAUUGUUAACCGUGUGAGAUCAAACCCUAUGGAUCCCUGCAUUCUUGAGACGCAGGAGCCACUCCAGGAUUUGAUCAGAGGAGUUCUCAAGAUAUUUUCAUCAAAAACAGCACCUCUAGGAAUAAAGGGCUGGAAAGCACUUGUUUUUUAUGACAAAUCUACAAAAACUUGGUCCUGGAUUGGUCCAGUUUCUCACACUUUGACAGAUCAUGACACUUUUAUUGAAGUGACGUCUCCUGAAUAUUGGGGCCUUCCUCACAAAAGUUGUGUCAAGUUGGUCGAUUCUUUUGCUAAUUGGCUGAAAAGCGGGCAAGAGACUCUUCAACAAAUUGGAAGUCUUCCUGCACCGCCUCUGUCAUUGAUGCAAUGUAACCUGGAUGAGAAAGAGAGGUUCAGGGACUUGAGAGCUCAGAAAAGUCUCAAUACUAUCAGCCCGAGUUCUGAAGAAGGGAGAGCUUAUUUUCGUAGGGAAGAAGUCCUGAGGUAUUCGAUUCCUGACAGGGCCUUCUCAUACACUGCUGCUGAUGGUAAAAAAUCUAUUGUUGCUCCCUUGAGGAGGUGUGGUGGUAAGCCAACUUCAAAAGCUCGAGACCAUUUCAUGCUGAAGCGUGAUCGACCACCUCAUGUUACGAUUCUUUGUCUUGUGAGAGAUGCAGCUGCUAGAUUGCCAGGAAGUAUUGGCACUAGAGCAGAUGUUUGUACUUUGAUACGAGACUCUCAGUAUACUGUUGAAGACGUGUCUGAUGCACAAGUGAAUCAAGUUGUCAGUGGAGCCCUGGAUCGUUUGCAUUAUGAGCGUGAUCCUUGUGUGCAAUUUGAUGGAGAAAGGAAAUUGUGGGUUUACCUGCACAGAGAUCGAGAAGAAGAAGAUUUUGAAGAUGAUGGUACUUCAUCUACUAAGAAAUGGAAGAGACAGAAAAAAGACCCUGCUGAUCUAUCCGAUCAAGGAACAGUUACCGUUGCUUUUCAUGGGGCAGGGGAUCAAUCUGGAUUUGAUUUGGGCUCUGACCUCAACGCUGAGCCACUAGCUGCUGCUGAUGAUAAAAGAACAGAUCUUGUUUGUAGUGAUGUGAGACAGAGUGCGGAAGAUACUGUUGACACCACUCAUGGGCUCCAGCAAGGCAGCACAUAUCAGGGUGAAUCAAUGGUUUGGGAGGCCCUGAGCUUAAAUCCAUUGGAAGAGAACAAAUUGAUAUGUCAAGAAGAUUCCACAAAUGAAGAUUUUGAUGAUGAAACAUUUGAGAGAGAAAGGCCAGAUGGAAUCUUAAGUACAAGCUUAUUAUGAAUAAUUUUUCAGGUGCUGGUGCAGAAGUCUAUCUAUGCUAGAAGUAAUGUGCCAGUCAUCCUCUCCAAGCUGUCAUACAUAAAAUGCUAUUGUAUGUACAUUGAUGAUUUUAGUGCAAAAUGUAGAAUAGCAAGUGACCAGACCUUGUUUGAGGUCCAGAAUAUGUCCAUUAGCUGGUUCUGUAAUCCCAAAAUAACGUUUCCUUUUUGCUUUCUAAUUCGUUAUGCAGAUCAUUUUGAAAUGUAGGCCAUCCAUCCUACUUCCCUUGAAAUGAACAAGGAUUGCUCCUUCCACA